GUUGGUACCGCGGCAGACGCUAGGCAAACUGCGAUGUCCCAACGCGUACCGCUCUUGAAGGCCAAGCCUGCGAGGAAACCCAUCCGAGGGCUCCUGAUUGCACCCAAGGUCAAGCCAUCAUCGUCUCAGUCAAGCACAGCCUCAGGAGGCUCUGCUACACAAAUCGUAGCACAAAACCCAUCGCCUCCAGCCGUCAAGACGGCGGAGGUACCUGAGGAUGGAAGUGGUCAACCACACGAGUCGACCACGAUUUCAGUGCCAAGAGAACGUGCGAUAUCUAACAGUGUCAGCGUCCAUGCGUCGCCAUCCCCUUCUCACGAUCGUUUGGGCUUGCAAAGACGUGGCACACGUUCAUCUGCUGCAACUUCUCCCAGAGCUGCAGCCGCCAGCCCCAAACGCGACGAUCCAAACGUCGCGCCCAUCCGCAUAAAAGUGCCUUCCAACUCCCCUGCACCUCGCAUCACUGCUGCUCCUCGAGGCAUCAUUGCUCCAGGGGGGUCGUUUGGGCUGCCGCCUCCACCGAAACAACUUUCAACUUCCACCUCGCAGCUAUCUUCUUCUCGUCCAUCGCCCAAGGGCAUACCUCUGCCUUCUCGCGUAUUCCAACCUGGAGGCAGCAAUCUCAUUUCCUCUGCCCCUACUGGCACUGCCACGCCGUCCAAGGUAUCACGUGGUGGUAGCACUGCAGCGGUUAGUGAGGAAGAACAAGCCUCGCUAGCAAAGAGUUCCGCCAAGACCGCCAGCAAACCAGACACGGGCGGAGUAGGAGAUGAUGACGACUCGGAUGACGCUCCAGUGGCCACUCGAUCGCGCAAAGCACCGCCCAAGCGACUCCUCAGCCUACCGCCGCGCUCCAAGGCGGCAAAAGGUCCGGUAAAAACACGCCGCAGUGCCAAGCGCCCACUUGAAGAAUCCAUCCUUCCCAUCAAGAACCAGUUUCUCUUGUACGCGUCAAAUCCUCCACCCGAACGUGUGGUCAAGCGCCGAUCGUCGACACGGCGCCAGGAACUGACGCCGACGGAGUCGGAGCAUCAAAUCGCGUCCAUGACGAUGGGCGAGUUGGCUCUCUCGGUGCCAUUUGGCCAACCCACCGACGACAGCCACAUUAGCUCGAACGAAGACGAUGAAGACGACCAUGCAAAGUCGAGCGCCGCCGAGGUUGCUGCUCGACGAACUGCCGCGUCGCGUGGCGCUGCCUCGGGGCGCCCGCAAGUUGAGAUCGUGAACGGUCAAAUUGUUCUCGCGACCAACAGUCUCACCGUCCACGAAGAUGAACUGAUGCAAGAGGACGACGAGGCGGAAACCCACUCGAGUGCGAAGGAACACCCACGCGUGGGACGUUCAGGCUACUUGUCGGGGCGUCGAGCGAGCAAACGGUGGGGGUACGUCGAGACGAAGCAAUUUUUCUACUGCCUGAGCCACGUCGGCACGGACUUCACGUUGAUGGAGACGCUGUUUCCAAACCGAACGCGUUCUGAGCUCAAGAUCAAGUUCAAGUCAGAAGAAAAGCGACAUCGUGCGCUAGUGGACGUGGCGCUCGAAGGCGCGAAGAGACCGUUGGAUGCGGAUGUCAUGGCGUUGGCGGCACAAAACCUCAAAAAGCUCAUGGCAAAAUUGAAAAGAGGGGGCGACGAGGACAGCGAUGACGGCAACAACGAUGAGAACGAAGAUCACGCACCUCUAGAGAUAGAAACGGAAGGGGAAUUCCUCUUAAUUUGAGCGUAAAUGUCGACGGGACACCGAAACAACGACUCGUGUGUACGAGAGCAUUCAUUUGUGCUUGCAAAGGUAGACUGCGUCCGGCGGGGGACCGAAAAACGAUGUGAUUGAUCUAUGAAGAGGAUGACGGGGUGUCGGACGGCGCAGAGACCACUUCCGAUCGAAAGUACUGCGCGGAAGGCCGCUUUUCUUCCGCAAUGUUCAUUGCCUGAAGAAUCUGCUGUUGUUGCUGUUGCGUGGCAGCUUUAGCAGAUCGACAAACGACCCUGAGGAGGAGAUGAAUGUCGUGAACGUUGGAAUCAUGGCAUGACUUACCACGAGACCCCGGCGACACCCACAAACGAGUACAAUGCAAAGUCGCAAGCUGUCUGCACCUUCCUUGUGACGCGGAAGCGGUGGAGACCAAUGCCAACCCCUGUUGCGAUGCCCCACAGCAGUGCGGAUCGGAAGCACGGCUCCUUUGUGAUGUCGGACAUGGUCGAGUUGUCUCGA